CUGUAAUCUUCCUACUAUUUUUAGUCAGUUUUAUUUUCUGAAGAAAAAUAAAUUACGUUUAUAAAUUGUUCUCUAAUCUUGAAAUCUGAUGUGUAGAUUGAUAUAUUUAACAUAAAUCUUUUUAUGCUAGUCCCUUACCCUGUUGUGAACAAAAGAAGCAGUGAGUCUCUUGUUUUCUUUGACUCUAAUUUCAAUAUAUAAUUCAUGCUAUUAAACCGAAUACACAAAUUUGCAGCAACGUAGAAGCUGUAAAAAAAUCUCUUGCCCAUUUUAAAAGCACAAACUAAACUGUCUGACGGAAAUACGCCGAAAUGCUCUGAAUAAAAUUACCGUGCAACUCAUAAGAAGGAUGCAUCAAUAUAGAGGCAAUGUGCUGCGGUUAAACUUUGCAAACCACAACCUAGAAAAUGUCAUACAAGCCUGAAGUUCCUGCAGAAACACACACACACGUGCACAAACACACUAACUAUUUAGUAAGAUGUAAUUUAUCAAGUUUGUAUAGGUUAAAACACAUCUAUUUAACCCUUUGAUUCUUAUAUUUAAUAGUGUUUAUAUACAAGUGUAAAUUUUUUAGUUACAUUUUAAGGUGUUCAUGUUCGUGUUUUCAUGGCACUGUUUAAACAGGAAGCGAUGUCACGAAGCGGUAAGCAUCACACUCUCAUUUUGUCAAGUGGUGGAACAUUAAGUGGAGUGUCUGUCAUGUCUGUAUCAGAUUUUUUCUGUACGAGAAGAAAUUAAAUUUUAAAAAACAUGGACCAAAACAUUGCAGAUUUUCUGACUGAUGCAUUCCCAGAGCCAAACUUUGAGCAUCUACAUUUUGAUGACGACACUGCAAUGGCACACAGUGUUGAUGUAUCUCAAGAUAUGCCAGAUAUGGAGGACAACGAGUACAGUAACAAAGAAUCCAGUGAAAGUGAUUCUGAAGUAGAUGACGACACCACAGCAGAAAACAAUAUAAACACAUCUCAAAAUGCACCAGAUAUGGAGGACGACAACAACAGUAACCAAACAUCCAGUGAAUCUGACUAUGAAGUAGAUUUUGAGAGUAAAAAUAGUGAUCGUUUGCACUCUGAUGAUGACACCACAGCAGCAAACAAUAUAAAUACACCUCAAAAUGAGGCAGAUAUAGAGAACGACAACAACAGUGACCAAGAAUCCAGUGAAUCGGACUCUGAAGUAGAUUUUGAGAGUAAAAAUAUUGAACGUUUGCACUGUGAUGAUGAAACCACAACAGAACACAGCAUAAACACACCUCAAAAUGCAGCAGAUAUGCAGGACAAUGAAAAAAAUAACAGAGAGUACAGUGGAACUGAGUUUGACUUAGAUUUGGAGUGUAAAAAUAGAGAAGAGGAAAUUAAAAACUGUCCAGAGAACAAUAGCGACUUCUCAUUAGAUGAACAAAACAUGAAGCCAGGAUCUACGCUUGGUGGUUCAUUGGAUGACAACAAUUCAGAUGAAAAUAAGACACCGACCCAAGAUCAGCAAUUAAGCUUGCAUGAUGAGGAAAGUAGAGAGGAUGGAUUCGAAGAUAUCCAUCAAGCUGAAAAUGACAAUAUGCAGAAAAUGGCCCUUCAAAAAGAGCCUCUACUUGAUUUGGAUACAAUGAGGUCUCACAAGAAGUCCACUUCCCAUCUGUUGUCCCACCAGAUGGUGGAUGAAUCUGAAAAUGAGAGCUCAACAUCAGAAGAGGACACGGUGGAGCUGAAGAGCACAAAGGAUGAUAAUAAACUCUACUGUCUUGGCUCAACAUUGCAAGACUGGCCUGUAGAAUCAAUAGAGGUCCAGUCUGGGGAUGAAUUGAAAGAGUUUACAGAAGACGAUCUUGAGAGAGAAGAGGAAGGCUUAGCAGAAUAUCCCUCUGAUCUGUCUCGAAGUGAUAGUGGAGACAGUGGUGAAGGUCAAACCAUGGACACCAAGCUAGACGAUGGCUUAGGUUGGUCAGGUGAGAUGAAGAUGGAAGAACUGACCAUGAGUUACCAAGCUGUAACUUUAAGAAAAGAUGCUGAAGACGUAAGUGUGGAUCAUGCAGACGUGCCUACAUGUGUCAAGAAUGAGGAUCUGAAUGAGACGACCACAUCUAGGAAAUCUGAUGACACUUUAUUCCGGAUAAAGCAGGUCAGUUUUAGAGAUGACCAUUAUAGCAGUGAGAUUUCGAUUGCUGGGGAAAGUCCUGAUUUUGAGAUCGCUGCAAAUGUCCAAUCUAAAUCCAGUGCUUCCUACAAGAACGUGCAGCCCGAAUAUGAUGGCGAUAUCAGCUGCGAUGGUGACUACUGCAAAAUCCAAGACGAAAAACCUGAUUUGCCAUUCCAAACAGAGAAAAACAAGCCAACUCUCCUGAAACAAGAUCACACCUUCAUUGAGGAUUUUUCAACAGAUGUUGAGCUUAAAGUAGGGGAUGUUCUAGUCACAGAUUCAGAGAAAUGUGAUGUAAGUUCCUCAAGCAUUCAUCCAGGAUCUAAAAAGGGAGGUUUACCUGAGAGACAUUCAACUGAAACCUGCAGUAGUAAGUUAUAUUCAUCAGAGGCCUGCAAAUCAAAAGAUAACAGUGAAGACAUCACCGUUUUGUUACCUGGAACAUUUUGGUCUGUGAUGGAUGAGGACAACCUGAAGUUUGAUGAAUAUGACUGGGAUAUUAAUGGGGAAGAAGCUCUCUGUGAUGAAGAGGACAGUCUCCUGGAAGAUCUGGAGAAUGAAGGAGAGGGGUCCGAAAGAGACUGGGAGAAAGAAAAGGAAAGAAUUAAAGCAUUUAACAAAUACUACAACACUGUUGAAGGCGAGGAAAACAAAGAUCGAACCCCACUAGUGACAUUUUGUUUGGAGCCAAAAUACUCUCUGUAUGAGGAGGAAAGUGACAGCAGUGAAGAGGAUCUUAACACAAAAUGUUGCAUGUAUGAGCAGCAUCCUUCAGAAUCGAGUUUAUUCCAAGACCAAAGCAACAACGACAACAGCAGACAAGCUUCAGACACUUUAGAAAAUAUUAGUGCACUUCUGAGGGAUGAGGACAAUGUAAUGUUUGACGAAUACGAUUACGGUAUUGGCGAAGAAGAGUUUUAUAAAACAAACUCAAGUAAGACGAUCCUUGAUGAUGAGGAUGAUUUCUUGGAGAAGUUGAAAAUCGAAAUAGAGAGAGAAAUGCAACAAGAAAGAACUGAAGCAUUAAACAAAUUCUAUGAAGAGUCUGGUCAAGAAAAACACAAAGUAACAGACAGAAGUCAGAAAGGUCUGUAUGGGCUGCAUCAAGAUUCUCAAAACGAGGAAGAUAAUGAGAGCAGUGAACAGGAAUCAUACACAGAAGAGGAUACUUCCAGAGCUCUAAAGAUAAAGGACCAAAGUGAUUCUGAUGAACCACACGAGAGACGCUUGUACACAGGAAGGCCCAAAGUCUUACUUAAAGGCUUACAAAGGGCAGACAAGCAGCUGAAGGAACCGCGCAAGAGAAAUAAGUGUGUUUUCCUGCUGCGGUCAGUGUUCGCAUUGAGUCUUGUGACUGUGGUGGGGCUGCUGUCUUACUCCUGGGCAACAGACAACAUGGACUUACUGAAUACACAUGUAUCUUCCGUAUUCAACAUGAUUCAAAACAGACAAUAAAAGUUUUGCAUGCAUGCAUAUACGUAACUAUUGCAUAGGACCAUGCAAAAUCUAAACAGAUAAACCAAAAAAAAGUAGAUAGGCCAGCAGAGAUAAGACCAACUUUAUUUCCUUACAGAGUGCAACCUAAUAUUGCAAUGUUUAAACAGUGCUUUGAAAUACAGCUUUGAAAAAUAUUUGUCUUUUAACAUGGAUUUCCCUGUUUUGUUAUGUAAACCACAUUUAGAUGUAAUGUUUCUGUGUUUUUGUUAAGUGACAUAUCUGUAGAUGUACUGUACGUGGUCUUUUGCCCGUACAGGACACCUGUAAAAACAAAUCUUUUUAAAGUAAAACUGACCUGACAAAUUAAAACAAAUAAAUAAAUUAGAUAUUUUUCCAA